AUGACGACAACCACCUCCCCUCACGUUCCUUACAUACGAAAAUGCCUCUCCCUGGCCGAGCAAUCACCCCCUCGCCCAACCAACUUCCGCGUCGGUGCCCUCCUAAUCUCCCGCAAAGACGAUGACCCCGCCAUGGCCGAUGACCGCAUUCUCUCGACCGGGUACACAAUGGAGCUAGCGGGCAACACACACGCCGAGCAAUGCUGCUUUGCCAAUUAUGCAGCAGUGCACCAGGUGGCCGAGGAGGCUGUCCCCGAUGUGCUCCCGGUCGAGCCUGGCCGCAAACUUGUUAUGUAUGUGACGAUGGAGCCAUGUGGGAAGCGACUGUCGGGCAAUGCGCCGUGUGUGCAGCGCAUUACGAGGACGCGAGAGGGUGGCCGGGCGGGGAUUCAGAAGGUUUUCUUCGGAGUCAAGGAGCCUGAGACUUUCGUGGGCGAGUCGGAGGGGUGCAAGGUAUUGACUGCGGCGGGGAUUGAGUGGGAACAUGUGUCCGGACUGGAAAAAGAGAUUUUAACGGUUGCUACUGCGGGACAUGAAAAUGGGGAGGAAGAGGUUAGGACUGCGCUGGGGGAUAAGGAGACAAAUAUUGAUGAUAUCAGCGCGGAAGAGCGGCGGAGGCAGGAGCAGAUACCCCGGAACCCGAAGAAGAGGAUGAUGGAGGGGGAGACGGCUCUUUAUUAG